AUGUCAAGAUUUUAUAAGGGAGGCUCAAGCAAUUCAGAUUCAAGCAGUUCUUCAGAUAACGAGAAUAUAUAUUCAUCAGGUUCUGGAUUAGAAUCGGAUGAUCAAGGAGGAAGAGAUGACCGUUCAUCAUCAGACAAAGAAGUUCAGAAGAAGAAAAGAACUGGAUUUCAGUUCUUAAAAGGCGAAGAUACGGAAGAUAGUGAAGAAGAAGAUGGUAAACGAGUUGUUAAAAGCGCAAAGGAUAAGCGCACAGAAGAGUUUAAAACGUCACUAAGAAAUAUUGAGAACGCACAAAAGAUCAAUGAUUGGGUGACAAUAUCAUCAGAAUUUGAGAAGAUUAAUAAGGUGGUAGAGAGGUUAAAGGUGUUAGGAAAGCCACCACGACUUUAUAUACGUGCAAUAGUGAACUUGGAUAGUUUUUUGAAUGAGACGAUUAAGAAGGAGAAAGAAGCUAAGAAGAAGAUGAAUUCUACUAAUGCACGUGCUCUUAAUUCAGUGAAGCAGCGGAUUAGAAAAUGUAGUAAAAUGUAUGAAGGAGAAAUUAAGCAAUUUCGUCAAAGUCCGAAGGAUAAUAUGGAUGAAUCGGUGGAACAAGAGACAUUUGUUAUAGAUGAGGAGGUAUUAGGGGUUGAAGGGGUUAAAGGAAAGGAAAAUCAAGAGUCUAAGGAAGGAUUUUCGACGAUAGGAAAAAGCAAUCGUUUAUUACAAUUUACUACGGAAAGUAUUCUUAAACAUUUAAAGGCGAUAUCAGAUUCUAGAGGAAAGAAGAAUACGGAUCAUGUGGAGCAAAUUAGAAUUCUUGAAAAAUUGUUUGAAAUUUCAGUUACACCGUAUCAUAAGAUUCGAGUGCUUUUAGCAAUGAUUUCAUCAAAAUUUGAUUAUAGUUUUGGAACAGCAUCUUAUAUGUCUAUUGAACAUUGGAAAUCGGCAGAAGGAGAUCUUAAGAGUUUAUUAGAUAUUUUAGAAAAUGAUUUUUCAUAUAUUGUUUCAGAAGAUGCAGAAGAAUAUAACGAUGAUAUUGUUCCAGUUACUAAAAAUGGAGAAGUUAUUGAGAUUCGUGGAAGUAUUGUUUCAUUUGUUGAUAAGCUUGAUGAUGAACUUGUUCGAUCAUUACAAAACAUAGAUCCACAUACUACAGAUUAUAUUGAUAGAUUGAAAGAUGAAACAGAACUAUAUUCUAUUAUUUAUAGGACACAGUUAUAUCUUGAAAGGAUCAACGCAGGGGAUAGUAUUAGUCGAAUUAUUACAAGAAGAUUAGAACAUAUUUAUUAUAAGCCAGAGCAAGUUAUAAAUAUUCUUGAAGAAACGACUUGGAAAACGAUUCAAAAAUCAGCUAAUUCGAAAAUUACACCACAUUCUGAAAAGCCAGAUGCAACGGCUCUUAUACAUAAUCUUUGUGUUUAUCUUUACAAAAAUGGUACUAGUUUACCUAGGACUAGAGCAAUGUUGUAUCAUAUUUAUCAUCAUGCAUUGCAUGAUAAAUUUUAUAAGGCACGGGAUAUGUUAUUUAUGUCACAUCUUCAAGAUAAUAUCUUUACAGCAGAUAUUGUGACUCAAAUUUUAUAUAAUAGAACUAUGGUUCAGAUUGGUCUAUCAGCUUUUAGAAUAGGUAUGAUUUCAGAGGCACAUUGUGCUCUCCAUGAAAUAUGUGGUACAGGAAGAAUGAAAGAAUUACUUGCACAAGGACUACAAGUACAAAGAUAUAACCAGGUUUCACCAGAACAAGAACGUCUUGAACGUCAACGCCAAUUUCCCUUUCAUAUGCACAUUAAUUUGGAAUUAUUGGAAUGUGUAUAUCUAACUUGCUCUAUGUUAUUAGAGAUACCUUCAAUUGCAGCUUCAGGAUUUUCUUUGGACACAAAAAAAGUCAUCAGUAGAUCUUUCAGACGUAUGCUUGAUUAUAAUGAAAAACAAUUAUUUACAGGACCACCUGAAAAUUCUCGUGAUUGUAUUAUGCAAGCAUCUCGUGCACUUGCUACAGGAGACUGGAAAAAAUGUUGCGAACUCGUUAAAUCUAUUAAAAUUUGGGAUCUUAUGCCUGAAUCUCAAAAAAUUAAAGAUAUUUUAACAACUAAAAUUCAGGAAGAAGCUGUACGAACAUAUUUAUUUACAUAUUCACCAUUUUAUGAAACUAUUUCAAUUCCAAGAUUAUCUGAAAUGUUUGAUCUUCCUAAAAACAGUAUUACAGCACUUGUUUCAAAGAUGAUUUCAAAUGAUGAAAUUUCUGCUGCCUUAGAUCAAAUUCAUAAUGCAAUUAUUAUUCGAAAAGUAGAGCUAUCUCGUCUUCAGAGUAUAGCUUUAGUUUUAAUUGAUAAAAUUCAGACUUUUAUAGAUCAAAAUGAAAAAUUAUUAGAACAAAAGUCGUUAACAAUAGGAAAUGAAGUUUCAAAAAAACAAAGUUCAAAAGGAAACAUCCAGACUCAAACAAAUAAAGAUAAACCUGCUGGACAUACUAAAACUAAUCGCAAUCCUCGAAAUGAUUUUAAAAAUGGACUCGGUCGAGUUAUUAAAUCCACUACAUAA